CUCCCGGGCUCCCUUGCUCUGCCGCCCGUCUCUGCCAGGCGCAGUGAGCAGGUGGCAGUGGCUGGGUCAGGAUGCCCAGCAUCUUGGCGUACCAGAGCUCUGAGGUGGACUGGUGUGAGAGCAACUUCCAGUACUCACAGCUGGUGGCCGAGUUCUACAACACGUUCAGCAACAUCUCCUUCCUGAUCUUUGGGCCACUCCUGAUGUUCCUCAUGCACCCCUACGCCCAGAAGCGCUCCCGCUGCAUCUAUGGUACCUUUGUCCUCUUCAUGAUCAUUGGCCUGUUCUCCAUGUACUUCCACAUGACGCUCAGCUUCCUGGGCCAGCUGCUGGAUGAGAUCGCCAUCCUGUGGCUACUGGCCAGUAGCUACAGCAUCUGGAUGCCCCGCUGCUACUUCCCCACCUUCCUCGCAAGGAAUAGGUCCCACUUCACCUGCCUGGUCAUUGCCACCACCAUGAUCAGCACCUUCCUGUCCUUCCUGAAGCCCACGGUCAAUGCAUACGCCCUCAACAGCAUCGCCAUACACAUCCUGUACAUUGUGUACCUCGAGUACCGGAAGACCAGCAAUAAGGAGCUUCGGCACCUGAUUGAGGUGUCCGUGGUUUUAUGGGCCUGUGCUGUGACCAGCUGGAUCAGCGACCGCUUCCUUUGCAGCUUCUGGCAGCGGAUUCAUUUCUUCUACCUGCACAGCAUCUGGCACGUGCUCAUCAGCAUCACCUUCCCUUACGGCCUGGUCACCAUGGCCUUGGUGGACGCCAGCUACGAGAUGCCAGGCCAAACCCUCAAAGUCCGCUACUGGCCGCGGGACACUUGGCCCAUGGGGCUGCCCUAUGUAGAAGUCCAGGGCGAUGACAAGAGCUGCUGAGGCUGUGGCCACCUGCAGGGUCCCUGUAUCUGAGGGACACUCGCGGUUCCUCACCUUUCCCUUUCCCAGGCCCCUUGUCCUGCACUUCCCUGCCCCGAGGCAGGGGAUGAGCUCCCUAGUGGUCCUGAGCAGCAGUCUACUGACCUGGGGAGGACUGCCUGCACCUCCCGCUGCCAUGACCUGCCCCGGCCUCUUUCUCUUCCACCUCUCUGUCCGCAGAUGUCACAUGAUCUGGUGGGGUCGAGUCACCAGUUGCUGGGAUGACUGGGUGAUGUGUCACCUGCUUGGCAUGACCCCAGGCUGAGGCUUGCUGUCUGGCAUCUUGUAUGUAUUGGUGAUCUGGGUCUGUGGUUGGACAUUGGAUGACAAUGUCCCUGGUACUUGGGAGCAUCCCAGAGAACACACAUGACUUGUGGGUACCUAAUCUUUUUUCUUUCUUGGUGCUGGGGAUUGAACACAGGGGUGCUUUUAUCACUGAGACACAUCCCCAGUCCUUUUUAUUUUUAACUUUGAGACAAAGUCUCCCUAAAUUGCUCAGGGUCUCACUAUGUUGCUGAGGUUGGCAAGGAACUUGUGAUCCUCCGGCCCCAGCCUCCGGAGUUGCUGGGAUUUGAUGUACACCACUGCACCCAACCCAGACACCCAAUUCUAUACCCACAAGUGCAUGCAGAGACCUCACAGACCUCCCACACGUGCCUCUGAACUCAUGGGGAGCAAGUCAUGAAGGGCAAACAGCUGAGGGAAAUGGAAGCCCACACUGGACAAACCAAGCACCGUGGAGCAUGCUGGGCAGCUGGUACCGCGUGGUGGGGUAGGAGGAUGCUUUUCAGGGUGGUUAAGAGCCUAUGGCCUGGGGCCAGACAGACCUAAGCUUGAAUUCCCACUUGACCAUUUCUGGCUGUAUAAUCUUCAGGAUGUGAUUUAUCCUACUUUUGAAGUUCAAGCCUCUUGUCCGUAAAUAGUGUUUCUUUCUUCAUAGGAAUUUCUACGUGCAUAAAACAAGUUGACGUAUGUGACAUGCUUAGUAUAUGUCUUGCAAACACCCAUCCAUCUGCCCAUCCUUUAAUCUAUCCAUCUAUCCACCCAUCCAUUCAUCCAUCCUUCUAUCCAUCCUUCCAUCCAUUCAGUUUAGCCAACCAUUUGUUUAUUCAUUAAUCUGCCUAAGUUAUCCACUCCCCUUCCCGUGCAUCUUCCUCCUGUUCAUUCAUUCAUUCAUUCAUUCAUCCCUUUAACAAAUGUACACAUGGAGUUCCAGCUACAGGCCAGACACUAGGCUCUUUGCAAGACAGCUGACAUUGAAGUCCCUAACCCAAGGAAGGAGACAGAUGUUAGACAAAGAAGAAGACACAGGACCAAGGCACUUAGAGACACCAAUGGGUGUUACAGAGAAGGUGAAUUAGCGAUGUUCCAGGGAGUGAUGGGCUGGAGAGCCGUCCUCUCAAAUGGGUGCUCAGGCAGGGUGCCCAGGGGAUGGCAAGCAUCCCCCUGUGGAGCGAGUGAACUUGCAAGCAAGAGCAACAGAAAGCGAACUGUUGCCUAAACUUAGUAAAUGAGGAGGAACACAUUGGUUGGAGGUUCUUAAGUUGAGAGCCCUGAAUGGGUUUCAGUGUCCAUGACCAUUUCACAUUGUCUGCAAAAGAUUAGUGUUGGGGCAAAUCACCUAGGCCUCUGGAGUGCAUACCUUCAUAUAGACAUGAACACUCACAUAUUAUAGUUGUGGCCCAGAGAGGGCAAGUGACCUGCCGAAGACCACACAGCUAGGUUAGCCUUUCCCCAAAACUCUUUGUAUCACUGUCAUCAGUAGAAUUGAACCUGGAUUCUGGGUCUCCUGCUUCUGGGUCCUUCUUUCUGCUUAGUUUUAGAAACCAGAGGAUCUUCAUUUGUGGCUGAUUGAGGUACUAGAAGGAGGAGUUUCUGUAAAAUUGUGACAUUAUCUACAAAAUGCUGUGUGUCUGGGUAUGUUUGGGGGCAUAGGAGAUGUGCUUCCAUGAAAUUCCCUAAAGGGCUCUUUGAUCCCCUAUAAGUUAAAAACUUCUGGGGUACACCCAUAAUCCCCAGAACUUGGGAGACUGAGGCAGGAGGCCCACAAGUUCAAGGCCAGCCUGGGCAACUUAGCAAGACUCUAUCUAAAAAUAAAAAUAAAAAGGGAUGGGGUGUAGCUCAGUGAUAAAGCACCCCCUGGGGUUCAAUUCCCAGUAAACCCCCCACCCCCCAAAAUUAAGAACCUCAGUUCAGAAAUCUCUCAGGGUGGCUGGGGGGGGGGGUGAAGUGGUAGGAGAAGCUUCUCCCCCAUUUCUCUUUCCUUUCUUUCCUGGCUUAUGUGGCCAUGGUGUGAAAUCCAAACAGUGCUUACCAACAGAUGACAUAAAAGGGCACCUACUGAGUCUGCUUACUUUCAUGUGCGCAGCAGGCAGAUCCACAGAGACAGCAUUCUGUGGUUGCCAAAAACAGGGAGGGGUGUGAGUCACUAAUGGCUCUAUGGGCAUGGUUUCCUUUUGGGGUGAUGAACACAUCUCAGAAACAGGGGUGAUGUUUGCACAACAUCGUGACAGUUAUAAACACCACCCUGAUUGGCACUUUAACGUGGUUAAUGGUUAAAUGUAAUGUCAGGUAAAUUUGACCUCUAUUGAGAAUUUAAGAAACUCCCAGAGUCAUUCAUGGACAAGUUUAGGUCAUGGGCCCAUCUUUAAACCAGUCCCAGUAGCUAGAGGGAUGCAUGCCUUUGGAUUACUCAGGCCAGAGGUGGACUUCCUCACUGGGAGUGGGGACAGGGUAGUUCCACAGGGUGUGUGGUCUGAGAGUGGGGGAGGGGGCAGCUGGGGGCAGCAGUCCUCUCUGAAGCCCUGUGACCUGCCAUUAGCUGGCAUUGUCCAAAACUUCACUCAGAGUGCCUUAAAUGCUUACACUGGCCCUGGGAGGAGGGAGCUCCCAAAUCAAGAGACCAUUAUCAGAAAAGGGGGUGGUUUAAGAGGGGAGAUCCAAAUGUUCAGGGUGCUGCUGCUUUUGAGCAGGUCUUCUUGUUACAGAUUUUCGGUUCACUCCCAAACCAUUCCGGGUUCCCCAUUGCUUCUGGAUGUCCAAGGCCUCAGUGUGACAAUCAAGAAUUUCUCUGCCUUAAAGACCCACACUCCAGCAAGUCUCUGCUGGCUGGCCACGAGGCGCUGCUGGAGAUGGUCACCCUGGUGUCACCUUUGACAUUGUGACAGGUGGCUGUGUGUACUUUUGUGGCUGGCUGCCAAACUGUGAGGUGCAGAGAGCACAGGCUAAGCCUGAAAUAGGGUCCAAAAAUGUGCCCAAGGGCUGGACCAUCUACAAGGGGAGAUGCAGGUGAACCUUCAGGUCCUCCCCUUGGUGCAAACAAACCGGAUCACUAGAGGGCGGCAGAGACUGGAUGGAGCCGGGCUGGGCACGGAGCAGAUGUCAAAAGGCAGGCAAACUGCUCUUCUGUGUGGGGCCUGGGGGGCGGGAGUGGAAUGCCCUGUCUAUAUCUGUUUCAUUUUUUGUGACAUUGAGAUAGCAUGUAAGAUGCUGCCGUUAAACAGAUUUAACAGGACCAAUUACAGAUCCUCAAAUAAUCAUUUUUUCUGUUUUAAAAAAAAUCUAUUCUCUUUGCUUACAUUGAUAUGUUAAAAUAGGAAACAUUGUAUCCUCUGGUAAGUGAUUUGUUAUAGGUCCAAAGUAUCCACAAAACUAGAUACAGUAACACAAGAAGUGUUAGUAAAGGUAGCUCAGUGCUGCUCAAACCAGGGGCUCUGGAAUCCCCCACUGAGGGGGGAGGAAAGCAGAGGGGUGGUCUCUGCGGCUCCCCAAGAAGGAAGCCAGAGUUCUUGGGGCAGAGCCUGGGUAUAUUUUAAAGGUCCCCAGGAGAUUUCAAUGUCAGAUAAGGUUGGGAAACCUUGCACUAGAAACUAUCACCUACAAGGUUGGGUCUGACCCCCAAGGCUGCUUUCUUUGUCAUCAAGACAGGUGACUUAAAAAAAUAAUGCUCAUUUAUUUCUCUCACAAAUUUGCAUUUUUAAAAAGUUGCUAGGGAGAUGUCAAAGUUGAAUAAGCAUGAAGCUAACACAUUCUCUUAGAAGAAAUCAGGGGGACUAGAAAAAAAUGACAAGAAGCUAAGCAUUUCACUAUUCAGUAUCAUUUCAUUUUUGCGACAAAUAUUUAUCGAACACCUAUUAUGUGCCAGGCACUAUGCUUAGAAUAUAUCACGAAAAAGAAAAAAAAAACUAUUGUUCUCUGGGAGCUGCCAUUCGAGCUGGGGGAGAUGGACAAAAUUUAAUAAGCAACUGUGUGUGUAUCAGUAGGUUGUAAGGGAAACAGGGAAAAAACUAAAAAAGGAGGAAGAGCAUUGGGGGACUAAGGCGGAGUGACAGGAUUAAAUAAGGUAGUCAGAAGAGAUCCCGCUGAGAAGGUAAUUUGAGCAAAGAUUUGGAGGAGGUAAAGUGGGGAGCCAAGUGGCCUCUUAGGGGAGAUGGUUCCAGGCAGAGGCUGCUCAGUGUGUCCAGGAGAGAGCAGGCAGCAGGCAGUGAGGGAAGACGUAAGAGAGGGGUGUCCACACCAGGCUACCCUUCUGGUCCUUGACCUUGCAGAUAAUGCUGCAGACUAAGGGCUUCACUUUAUUUAAGGGCAAAUUAAAUAACAUUUGUAAUCAUCAUCUGUAAUUACUCAGGGUAAGGGUUUUGGAGAUAAUGUUUUGGAAAAAUGUACAUUUUCCAAAAUGGCUACAACAGUACCUCUACCCCACAUGCCUGUUCCCCUUCUACCCUUUCUCUUCCUCCUCCUCCAUCUUUUUUUUUCUCUUCCUCCUCCUCCUCUUUCUUCUUUUUUGUGGUACUGGGAGUUGAAUCCAGAGGUGCUGUACCACUGAACUCCUCAGAAAUUUUUAUUUUGAGACAGUCUCACCAAGUUGCCCAGGCUAGCCUGGGACUUGGGAUCCUUCUGUUCCAGCCUCCCAAGUCACUGGGAUGACAGGUGUGUGCCACUCUUCCUGCCCCACAUGCUCUUCUUAUAAUGUAACUUUUACACUCCUCCAGUGAACAGAUGGGUCUCUGUUCCUUCCCCCUUGAACCUGGGUGUGCCUGGACUAUAGUGGAAGUGACUCCAUGUAACUUUCAAGGCUAGUUUAUACAAGGCCAUGCAACUUUUGCCUGAUUCUCUUGGGACGUUUAUUCUUGAGAUUCAGCCGCCAUGCCACAAGGAAGCCCAAGCCACCCUGAGGAGAAACCCAGCACUAACUUUGGCAGUUGUGGAUGAGUGAGCCGUGUUGGAGGGUGAUUCUGCAACCACAGGGGUUGUUCUAGCUGUCCAUGUUGCCCAAAGUGCAGAUGCAUGAACAAAAUAGAUUGUGUUGCUAACAAUGUUCACUGAACUAGGAUGACAACAGCAUGGCUCUUCUGUUGAAAAUUUAUUUCUCCUUCUUGGCAUCUAGCAGGCAUCCACAGGGGCUGGUUUCAGAUUAUCAGAAGUGGAGAAGUGGAGAUGAAGGUCACCUUCUAAGGUUGUGAAUGAGUUUUGUUGCUCCAAAAUGGACUCAUGGAUAAGUUAUAUGUUUAUAGGGCCGAGUAGUCAUUCCAUAUAUAUCUAUAUCUCUCUCUAUAUUUUUUAACCUUUAAAUCAUUUUCAAAUGUCCAGUUCUGUGGCGUUCAGCACAUCUCCAUGGCUGUGCAAUCAUCAUCUCCAUCCACCUCCAGAACUUUCCAUCUUCCCAGACUGAAACUCCAUCCCCAUUCCUCCAUCUCUUCCCCAGCUGCCUGCACCCACUGUGCUACUUCCAGUCUCUAUGGAUGUGAAAACUCUAGGGACCUCCUAUGAAUGGAACCGUACAGUAUUGUCCUUCUGUGACUGGCUUGUUUCAUGAAGCUUGGAGCCCUCAAGGUUCAUCCACAUUGUAGCAGGUGUUGGAAUUUCCUUCCUUUUAAGGCUGAAUGAUAUUCCACUGAAUGGUGGACUGCAUUGUCUCUCUCCAUUUAACACCUGGGUUGCUUCCUCAUUAUCCUUUUUGACUCUCCAAGGCAUCCAGCUCCACCAGCAGGAGCCCCCGGGGAUGCAUUUUGAAAGUUAUAGUUCAGAACAUGAUGGAAGGAUAAUUUCCCAGCUGAGUAGGGAGAGGGCUUUCUGAAGCUCAUCUUGGUAACAAUUGUAGCUCAAAGGUUCUCCCCUGAAAGCUUCCUUCAGAGACAGAUGGCUACUCUCUCCCCACUUCUGUUCCUUUUCCUGGGGUUGGGUGGUGUUCUGAAAGACCAGCCACCUCAGCCAUCUGCAGCGCUGCUUAACUACUGAGUGCUGGGCAAGCACUGAGCUUCUGAUUCUAUUAACGGGAGAGGGAGUCAGGAUCUGUAUUCCUAACAGAGUUCCCAGGUGGGACUGACACUGCAGAUUUGGGGACCACCUACUGAUCUACUUACAGUAUUCAGGUAUAAUGAUGAAAAUAAAG